CGCCCAUACCACAAAACCACCAAUUGUCCCAGCAAACCACGCAAACACACAUCUACACACUUCAAAAUGGCAGGCUGGGUUAUGCGCGAGAACCGCGUGCCUCAAUGGCAGCGCGAACACCAAAAGCACGAUGGACUGAGGACCUGGGAGAAGGGCCGUGGCAAGUGGAUGGUCCCCGGUUACAAGGCCCUCCUGUACACCACCUUCGGUGCUAGCAUGUACAUGAUGAGCCGUCUUGUUCUCGGACACAAGACCUGGGCUGGCAAGAACUAGAGUGUACAAUUCGAGCAUGAUAUAUACACAUGGUUGGACUGGGAGAGACGCAUCCAUGUCCAUAUCCAUGUACAAGCAUCCAACGAGUGCUUGACUUGCAAAGAGUAGCAACAUCUCUCUUAUUUGAAUCAAUAGAGCAUUCUGCCUUUCGGCUCAUACUAGUCUUGAUGUUCUCAGAUAUCGUCUCCCG